CUCAACAUGUGAUCGAACUUUUAUUUUGAAAGGCGUGUGACGUCACAGCAACCAGGAAGUGCCGGUUCCAGAACAAGGGCAGCAGCAGCUGCGUGUUUCUCCACACACCCGCGACUGGCAUGCUGGGGGCGGAGGUGUUGAGGGCGGCUCUCCGGGCCCCGCUCCCCCGGACACUGGCCGCCUGGUGCAGGUGCUCGUCCGGGGUGAAGUCGGCCCCUCCGCCGGCUCCAGGCGCGCUGUCUCCCGUGUGGAUGAGCUCCCCUGUCCGGACGCUGCAGCUCUGCUCCGCCUUGUGCGCGGGACACAACAAGUGGUCAAAGGUGAAACACAUCAAAGGACCCAAAGAUGAGGCCAGGGGGAAGAUGAUCAUGAAGCUGGGCCUGAUGAUUAAAAUCGCUGUGAAAGAGGGAGGAUCCAACCCCGACCUGAACAUCAACUUAGCGCACAUACUGGAGCAGUGCAGGAACAAAAACAUGCCCAAAGCUUCCAUAGAGGCUGUGCUUAAGAGUGCGGAAAAGGCUAAACCUGUGUCCCAGCACACGUUUGAAGCCCGGGGGCCCGGUGGAUGUGUGCUGCUCAUCGAGGUCCUCACUGACAGCAUCGCCCGCAGCCACCACGACAUUAAACGCCUGCUGAACAAGAACGGUGGGACGCUGUCGGACAGGCUCCGCCACAGUUUCACCAAGAAGGGGGUGGUGGGUGCGCCGGGCAAGACCAUCUCGACGGAGAGAGCUCUGGAGCUGGCCAUUGAGGCGGGAGCCGAAGAUGUCCAGGAGACGGAGGAUGAGGAGGAGCAGCCUCUCCUGAAGUUCAUGUGUGACACGACGGAGCUGAAUAAGGUGCGGGCCUCACUAGAGGAGCUGGGAGUGCAGGUCGUGUCUUCUGGGACGGAGUUUGUUCCCGGUAACCUCUUGUCUCUGGACCCGAACCAGCUGGAUGCUGCCUCCACACUAGUAGAUGCUCUCAAUGACUGUCCAGACGUAGUUAGAGUGUGGGACAAUAUCCAGGCGGCCAGCUGAGUACGAUCUCUGGACACUGGGUGGACACUGAACAGUUUGCCACGUGGAAUACGUCAUUUCACGGAGAAAAGGUUUUGACAACGGCCUACAUCGCUGGUCAUUGACACGACUGCUUGUCGUGUCAUUACAAGUUGACAGUCAUUGCUGGGUUUAAAAAUCUGAGGGUUUUGGACAUUUUGAUAUUAUGAUGUUUGAUAUAUGAGCUAAAAAAUCAAGAGACAAUAAACUGUGGUCCUUGUUAAGAUGUAAAGUGAUGGUCACCUUAAAUAUUGCCUGUAGUCAAGCAGAUGUGCAUUAGCAGCCGGUCUUGAGCAUAUAUCGUGAGAUGGAAAUUUAAUAGUUGGAAGAAAGUGUUGUCAUGAGAUCCCAGAGGUAAGAAAUGAAAAUGUCACAAAGUCCAAAGGAAAAUUAAACUUUAACUAGUUGAAAACGAAAACAAACUGCAUUCAUUGACAAGGAUCAAAUUCAAAAAAUAAAAUAAAUUUAAAGGUCCCCUCCAGA